AUGUUCAAUUAUUUAUUAUUAUUAAAUGGUAUAAAAAUAAAUCAAAUUCUAAAAGGACGUGUUGUAAAUUCAACAUCUAAUUGGAAAUCAAAUUGUUCAACAUGUAUUUGUCAAUGUAUUCAAUUCAAUUUAUCAUCAUCAUCAUCAACGUUAUGUUGUUAUGCCAAUUGUUAUACUAACAAUGAUACUUGUCAAGUAUUUAUUUCUGCAUCAAAUACUAAUCCUGUUAUUGUCAUUGACCAAACAAGUAUUGUUUACUUUGUUAAUUAUUCAACUUAUACAACAACAACUAGACCUUCUAUUACAAGUACAAGCACAAAUUAUGGAAGUUUACUGAUUGCAAAUACAGUUACAAAUAAUACUUCUACAAGAACAUCAUCAAUUAGUGUAACAUACAUAACUACUAAGACUACAACUCCUUGA